AUGAAUGAGCACGCUUCAAAUUGUAGUGCACCACCACGAAGAGUUAUUGCUGUUGUAGUACAAGAGCUGGAUGACGAAGCAAUGGCUAAUGUCCCUAAAAAAAGAGCGCUCCAAAAACGUAUUCAACGUAGACGUAAGGUUGAAGGCCAUUUUCCUGAACCUUUAUCAAUCAACGAAUUGAUCAUUCCAGAAGAAUUUAAAACUUUUACUAUAAACGGAAAUACAGAACCCUUCUUACUGAGUGAUGCAACAAGCGAUUCAAAACGAAUAAUCAUAUUUGCAAGCCAGCAUUUGCUCGAUCAACUUGCUAAUUCAAAAAUGUGGAUGUGUGAUGGCACUUUCAAAGUCGUUCCUAGAAUAUUUUAUCAAUUAUAUACGAUCCAUGUUGUUAGAGAAAGCUUUCUUUUUCCCUGUGUUUAUGUUAUGAUGCCUGAUAAGGCUCAGUCAACGUAUGAACGAGUAUUUCAGAUUUUGAAAGACAAACGCCCAGACUGUGACCCUGAAAACGUAACCUUAGAUUUUGAAAAGUCUGCUAUCAAUGCUUUCAUGACAGUGUAUCCUGAUGCAAACAUAAAUGGAUGUUUCUUUCAUCUAUCACAGUCAAUAUGGAGAAAAAUACAAAUCACGGGAUUAUCAAAUAGCCAUAUAUCUGAUGCCAACUGCCGUCUUUAUUGCAAGAUGCUGGCUGCUUUUGCGUUUCUAAAUCCAGAUGAAGUGACAGAUGCAUUCGAAGAGCUAAAUGAAGACCUCGAACGUUUACAAUUGGAUGAAGAAAUGCAAAUAUUAUAUGACUAUUUCGAAGACACAUACAUUGGUAGACGACAGAGAAGAGGAAGAAUACACUUAUUUCCCAUCGAAUUGUGGAACGUCCGGGAAAGAACACAAAACGACAGAACAAGGACAAAUAACAAGUUAGAGGGAUGGCAUCGUGCUAUUCAGGGAAUGUAUGACACUGCUCCUUUUUCAAGGAAUUAA